CUGACAUGGGUUCACUGCAGAGAAAACGAGAGAGGGGGUGAAAAAACGCACUUCUAUGUCAAAGUUUCAUUUAAGAAACUAAAACUGCAUCGGCUGACUGUAAGCGUUAGCGUCUGAAGUGGCCACUUCUUGAGAAGCGUUAAUAUUAUUUUCUUGGAUGGUCACAGCCUACUGAGGUCCGAGCGAGCGAGAGAAAGAGAGAGCGAGAGAGAGAGCCCUGAUGGAGAAGCCUGCCAUCCAGACGCAGCCCUCCACGCUGCCGUUCUUCGACACCUCCCACGCCUUCAACCUGCUGCGCGGCAUCCACGAGCUGCGCGCUGAGCGCAAGUUCUUCGACGUGACGCUGUGCGCCGAGGGCCGGGAGUUCCACUGCCACCGCACCGUGCUGGCCGCCGCCAGCACCUACUUCCGCGCCAUGUUCGCCGGCACGCUGCGCGAGAGCGCCAUGGACCGCGUGGUGCUGCACGAGGUGUCGGCCGAGCUGCUGGGCCUGCUGGUGGACUUCUGCUACACGGGCCGCGUCACCGUCACGCAGGACAACGUGGACCUGCUGCUGAAGACGGCCGACCUCUUCCAGUUCCCCUCCGUCAAGGAGGCCUGCUGCGCCUUCCUGGAGCAGCGGCUGGACGUCUCCAACUGCCUGGAGAUCCAGGACUUCGCCGAGGCCUACGCCUGCCGCGAGCUGGCCGCCAGCGCCCGCCGCUUCGUGCUGAAGAACAUCGUGGAGCUGGCCAAGGGCAAGGAGUUCGAGCGGCUGCCCUGGAAGCGGCUGCUGGAGUUCGUGUCGGACGACGGGCUGUGCGUGGACAAGGAGGAGACGGCCUACCUGAUGGCCGUGCGCUGGGUGAAGGCCGACCCGCAGCGGCGGCUGCACUACUGGCCCGAGCUGCUGCAGCAGGUGCGGCUGCCCUUCGUGCGGCGCUUCUUCCUGCUGGCGCACGUGGAGAGCGACCCGCUGGUGUACCUGUCGCCGCCCUGCCUGCGGCUGGUGAGCGAGGCGCGCGCCUUCCAGUCCUGCGAGUACGACCGGCACGACUGGCCCUGCCAGCGCAUGCGGCCGCGGCCCUCCACCGGCCUGGCCGAGAUCCUGGUGGUGGUGGGCGGCUGCGACCAGGACUGCGACGAGCUGGUCACCGUGGACUGCUACAACCCCCAGACCGGCCAGUGGCGCUACCUGGCCGAGUUCCCCGAUCACCUGGGGGGCGGCUACAGCAUCGCCGCGCUAGGCAACGACAUGUAUGUAACAGGCGGCUCGGAUGGCUCGCGGCUCUACGACGGCGUGUGGCGCUACAACUCGAGUGUGAAUGAGUGGACGGAGGUGUCGCCCAUGCUGAAGGCGCGGGAGUACCACAGCUCCUGCGUGCUGAAGGGCCAGCUGUACGUGGUGGCGUCGGACAGCACCGAGCGCUACGACCACGCGCUGGACUGCUGGGAGUCCCUGCCGCCCAUGCUGCACGCCAUGGACAACUGCUCCACCACCGCCUGCAGGGGGCGCCUCUAUGCCAUCGGCUCCCUGACCGGGGAGGACACCAUGGCGAUCCAGAGCUACGACCCCGACACGGACCGCUGGGGCCUGGUCAACUGCGGUCAGCUGCCCCCCUGGUCCUUCGCCCCCAAGACGGUCACCCUCAAUGGCCUCAUUUACUUUGUCAGGGAUGACUCAGCAGAAGUUGAUGUCUACAACCCCUUGAAGAACGAGUGGGACAAGAUCAGCCCCAUGACACAGGUCCAUGUGGGAGGCAGCGUGGCAGCCUUGGGUGGCCGUCUCUUCGUUUCGGGGGGCUACGACAACACCUACGAGCUGUCGGACGUGGUGGAGGCGUACGACCCGGCCACGCGCUGCUGGACGCUCGCCGGCCACCUGCCGCAGCCCACCUUCUGGCACGGCAGCGUCAGCAUCUUCCGGCAGUUCAUGCCCCUGGUGCCCAGCGCCUUCGAGCCCGCAGACACUCCCGAGACCAACGCCAUCCACCUGCAUCGGCACCACCGCAACCUGGCCCUGCAGAACCACAACCACAACCACAACCACAAUCACAACCACAACCGCGACGUCAACCCCGCGCACUGAGCGCAGCUCGGCCCAGGCUGGUCCGGCGUCCGCCCAUCGCUGUCGCAAUCGGUCGUGUUUACUGUGACGAUGCUACGUUGUGUGCUCCGCACUUUAAUGCACAUUCAUCCAAACUGGACGCCAGAAAGCAAAAAAAAAACAGAUUGUAUUGACCUUCGGACUUUCAUUUCUGCUUGACCUUACUCGUGACUGAGCGGGGAAGGGACUGUCCUGUGUGCGUUGCGGACAUUGGUCAGCACCCAUUGCUACAUCGAGACAGUAGCCGGUGGGGUCAUUGCACAAAACUGACGGGCUGCUUAUUGUGUGGUGUUGAUGCCGUCAUAGAUCAACAGAUCAUUUAUUGUUACCCGUGUGACAGUAGCUGUGCAGAUCAUAGAGAAGUCAUCUUGGGAUAAAGACCACAGUACAUUUCUACAGUACUGUUAGGGUAGGUAGUUUUAGCUCUUGCACUGCUUCACAGCAGGCAUAUUUAUGGACAACCGUUUUUGACAUCGCUACUCAAAAUCAAUUGAAAGCCCCCUCACAAUAGAAACAUUCCAAAGGCGAAGAACAACACACCGAAAAAAAAAAAAAACCUUUUUGCUUGCUCAGAGCGCAGGGUGCAGUGCUUUAUUUCAUCGAUCAAAGUGCGUUUCAUAGAGACGUCGCCCGGCGCUAGCCAUUAGGGUAGUGUCAGAGAAAUGAAGGAUGGAUUUCUGCGCCGUGCAGCAGUUUGUCAACGCGGUCUGGAAGUGGCAUCAUUUGCAGAGAACCGCAGCGUAGCGGAUUGGUUUGUUGUUCAAAGCUCAGUGCUGGCUCGGCUUAUGAAACGUGAAAUUGACUGGUCUCUCCAGUAUCGCAGCUCCUCGUUUCAAAACCCAACACAAGACUGAUGCUAGAUCUGCCUUUGCCGCUCUCACACUCGCGGCCUGCAUGUGGUAUCCGUCACGUUCUCUUGAAGUUCUCUUUACGGAUAGAUACAUUCAGUUAUUUUUAUAGUAAAUUAAAGUUAUUUAUGAAUAUGUAUUUAACUGUGUAGUGUAUAGUGAGGAUGAUGCUGAGAGCGGUUGGAAGAGAUCGUGAAACUGUACGCAGACAGUUUUGAAACACGACUCUUUCCUCUUAUUAACAUGAAGUUCCAGUGAAACUGUCAUACUUCCCGUUAAGGAAAGUAGGUGUCACUGUAUGGGUAACUGGAAGUAGCAGUGUAUUCUCAGUUUAAUUUUGUAUAUGAUUGUGUGUUUUGCAGGUAACAAUAGUGUAAUGUACAGUAUGCUGUAGCAGUUUUACCUGCUUGUUAUCCUUGCAUUUUUGAUUUAUUUUUGACUUGAUUUUUUUUUUUUCUUACAAUAGUGUUUGUGUUGUGGCCAAAACCAUUUUUUAACAUCUGCUUUGCAAACCAUUUGUGUUUGGAGCAGAACAGUGACGUCUUUACAGUGUGAUCACUCAAUAAAGCUGCGGGCAGGAA